AUGAAAAUCGUUCUUCCCGUUUUGGCCGCUGUCGGUUUUGCCCGGGCGGUUUCUAUCACCGGUUGUCAUAAGCAUGGUGAUGACGUAUAUUGUUUGACUGAAGACGGCGGCGAAGUUCAGGUGCUUUUGGACAACACCCCAGCUGGAGACCCGCCUUCAGAAUAUACAGACUGUCACCAGCAUGGAAGCACAUGGUACUGCGUCGAUGCGGACGGGGCCGAUGUCGAGAUCCUAGGAGAAAUCACCAGCUCUUCCACUACCAACAGCACCAGCGAAGAGUCCACGGACACUGAUUCGACGGAAGAGAGCACAGAGGGAGAAAACUGCCAUUUCCACGCAGGCGUAGAACACUGUCUCUCACCCGGGGAAUCAGAAAGCGGCGGCAGCACCGGCGGGUCAUCCAGCGGCAGCAGCAGCAGCGGAUCUUCCUGCGGCGUCCAAACUCGGGAUUAUGAUAUGCCCCUGCGUAUCGGGACGCUCUUCGUCGUCCUCGUCACCAGCUCCAUCGGCGUCUUCCUUCCGAUGGGUCUCGUGAAACUCCCGUCCGCGACGAUCAACGCCUGGGCGUCGACCAUCAUCAAGCAAUUCGGUACGGGCGUCAUCCUCUCGACCGCAUUCGUCCAUCUCUACACGCACGCAGAUCUCAUGUUCGGCAACGAGUGCCUCGGCGGGCUCGAAUACGAAGCCACGACAUCGGCCGUCGUAAUGGCCGGUAUCUUCCUCUCCUUCCUGACCGAAUACCUCGGCCACCGCUUCAUCCUCGCUCGCUCGGCCCGCUCAGCAGCCGCCCCUCUACCCACCGACAACACCUCAAACGUCUCCUCCAAAUCCGCAGCCGAAGCAGAAGCCGAAGCACCACACCUGCAACCCCACCAACACACCCUCGCAGCCCUGGGCCACCACCACGGCGGCGACCCCACAAACCCCAACACCAAGCUCUCCGUGCUGGUCAUGGAAGCCGGCGUGAUCUUCCACAGCAUCCUAAUCGGCGUGACCCUCGUCGUGGCCGGCGACUCCUUCUACAAGACGCUCCUGGUCGUGAUCGUCUUCCACCAGUUCUUCGAGGGGCUGGCGCUCGGCGCGCGGAUCGCGCUGCUUCCCGGCCGCACGUUCCCCAGCAAGGCGAUCAUGGGCGCAGUGUUUGCGCUCAUCACGCCGAUCGGGAUGGCGAUUGGGAUGGGCGUCAUCCACUCGUUCAACGGGCAGGACCGGGAGACGCUCAUUGCGCUGGGGACGCUGGACGCGCUUUCCGCUGGGAUCCUGGUGUGGGUUGGUGUUGUGGAUAUGUGGGCGCGCGAUUGGGUUAUUGAGGGGGGCGAGAUGAUGAAUGCGUCGGUUGGGCAUGUUGCUGCGGGUGGGAUCUCGCUGGUUGCUGGGAUGGUUUUGAUGGGUGUGCUAGGGAAGUGGGCGUGA